AUGGCGACGAGCAACGUUAAGUUACCUGACCUAAUCAACAGGUGGAUUGAGGUGCAACUAAAGGGAACCGAUCUAGAACGUUCAGAUCCUCUGGACAUUGACGUAAUCAAAUUGACGCUUUUGCUGAAAUCGAUGGGUUUGCGCUUGCAGUACCUGGACUUUGAUGGAGAAAAAAGCACCAACGACAACCUAACAAUUGCAAUCAAAUGCAACAAGUCCGGCAUGCGAGCCGAAAUGAGCUACGAUCUGCUGCGUUGCAGCUGUCCCGAAAAGACCGAGCGCGAAAGCGCCUUCUGGGAGGUGCAAGCAACAGGUCCAAAGGUGUUUUCAAAAUUUAAGAACAACACCUCCUCCAACCUGCUGCCCGAUGUAUCGGAAAGCUGUGCUCUCGUCUCGAAAGCAAUGCUCUCGAACUUGCUAGACUUCUAUGAAGCCAGCAUUCGUCAGGUGAAGGAAGAGAAAGAGCGGUUGAUGUUACACUCGCCUUUAAAAUCACCACGGGCGAAGGUGAGCGUCAUCAGCCCAGGGCUGACAAUUCGGAACCCAUUUUCGACGCCCCCGGCUGAAGGUAAAUCGUCAGCACGUGCUACUGAAGAAAUCGAACGAACCAAUGUAGUGUCUAAGGAUGCUCCAAUGCCGGAGAGCGAUUCAUGUCAUAAACCCUAUGAAAUGCAGGUGGAUUCUAGGUCAAAUACAUCCUGUGAGAGCGUGGGUAUCAACAACAAAACGCACGAGCUAGGGACAUCGGAGAAUACCACAAACAUGCCGAUAGUAGAUGCAAUCCAUAGUCCACAGUCGCAUGCUAGUACAACGGACGAUAAUGCGUUUGAGGCGAUGAAAACUCUCAUCACCUCCAGUCCCAACGAAAAACCGGCACAGGUGCCACUCGAAGCAGCAGAAUGCCAUCACGAUCGAGAUCUUAACGUUAUCAAUUAUCUACAGCAAGCGCGCAAUCAAAUCGAUAUGGCUCUGAUGCUGAUGAAGCUCAACACUACGCAGGACAUUUCGCGUGUUUCCACGCAAAGCGCUACACCUCGAAACACUACCGCUGGGACGCGCAAAGGCCUAGGAACACCGAAAUUUGCACAAACCCGUUCCAGCUCGCUGUUAAGCAUCGAACAAAGACGCCCUCCCACCCCAGCUGGCACGAAGAAAAGUACAUCAUCUACUUCUUCCCAGCCUUCUACACCACGGCUGCCCGUUCUCAAUCUUUUAGGUCGUCCGGACACUCCUCGACCCACCAAGUUACAUACACAACCCGUAACUGCUUUGCGAAAGGUUAUUUCGGCGAUGGCCACAGGACCGGUGGUCACGACACGUCAGCUACAACCUCCAGGAAGUUUAAAGAAACCAACUCCAGCUUUCACGGCGCAACAAACCAACCAACGGAAAUUAUUGCCACCGAGCGUUCCCAGUUCCUCCCCAAAGACCCUCGCGAAACCGGUACCAUCUGGCCGUUCAGCAUGCGGUAUUGGUCUCAUCCAGCGAUCCUCCAGUGCAUCAUAUAUUAGCAAAAAGUAG